AUGGGGAAGCCGAAGAAAAAGAGUGACCUCAGCCGAGCUGAGCUGAUGAUGAUGACCAUUGCUGAUGUCAUCAAGCAGCUGGUAGAGGCCCAUGAAGACGGCAAAGACAUCAACCUCAACAAAGUGAAGACUAAGACUUCAGCUAAAUACGGACUUGAAGCCCAGCCUCGAUUGGUGGACAUCAUCGCUGCCGUUCCGCCACAGUACCGUCGUGCUCUGGUGCCCAAACUGAAGGCCAAACCCAUCCGCACUGCCAGCGGGAUCGCAGUUGUGGCUGUGAUGUGCAAACCACAUCGAUGUCCCCACAUCAGCUUUACAGGCAACAUCUGUGUCUACUGUCCUGGUGGACCAGACUCAGACUUUGAGUACUCCACACAGUCUUACACCGGCUAUGAGCCAACGUCCAUGAGAGCGAUCCGAGCACGUUAUGACCCCUACCUUCAGACCAGACAUCGUGUGGAGCAGCUGAAGCAGCUGGGUCACAGCGUAGAUAAGGUGGAGUUCAUUGUGAUGGGUGGGACCUUCAUGGCUCUGGCUGAGGACUACAGAGACUACUUCAUCAGGAACCUACAUGACGCCUUGUCAGGACACACCUCCAACAACGUGGCCGAGGCCGUCAGGUACUCUGAGCGCAGUAACACCAAGUGUGUGGGAAUCACCAUUGAGACGCGGCCCGACUACUGCCUCAAGCGACACCUCAGCGACAUGUUGGGCUACGGCUGCACCCGGCUGGAGAUAGGAGUCCAGAGUGUGUAUGAAGACGUGGCCCGCGACACCAACAGAGGCCACACGGUGCGAGCUGUGUGCGAGUCUUUCCACCUUUCGAAGGACGCUGGCUUCAAAGUAGUCGCCCACAUGAUGCCAGAUCUGCCUAACGUGGGCAUGGAGAGGGACGUGGAGCAGUUCAUUGAGUUUUUUGAGAAUCCAGCAUUCAGGCCAGACGGUUUGAAGCUGUACCCAACACUGGUGAUCCGAGGUACGGGCUUGUAUGAGCUGUGGAAGACGGGCCGGUACAAGAGCUACACACCCAGUGCACUGGUGGACCUGGUCGCCCGAAUCCUGGCGCUGGUGCCCCCGUGGACACGAGUCUACCGGGUUCAGAGGGACAUCCCCAUGCCGCUGGUGAGCUCCGGAGUGGAACACGGCAACCUGAGAGAGUUGGCACUGGCCAGGAUGAAGGACAUGGGCACUGAGUGUCGAGACGUGAGAACCAGAGAAGUUGGUAUUCAGGAGAUCCACCACAAAGUCAGACCUUAUCAGGUGGAGCUGGUGCGGAGGGACUACGUAGCUAACGGCGGUUGGGAGACCUUCCUCUCCUACGAGGACCCGGAGCAGGACAUUUUGAUUGGCCUGCUGCGUCUGCGUCGCUGCUCCCCGCAGUCCUUCCGUCCAGAGCUCAAAGGAGGCGUGUCCAUCGUCCGCGAGCUGCACGUUUACGGCAGCGUCGUCCCCGUCAGCAGCCGAGACCCCAGCAAGUUUCAGCAUCAGGGUUUUGGUAUGAUGCUGAUGGAGGAGGCAGAGAGAAUUGCCAGAGAUGAACACGGCUCAAGCAAACUGGCUGUUAUCUCAGGCGUAGGAACAAGGAACUACUACAGGAAGAUGGGCUACGAGUUGGAGGGACCGUAUAUGGUGAAGGACCUGUACGGACCUGGAAUGGACUGAACCUGGGCUGUUUUUAUCUGGACAGUGUUUUUUUUUUUUAUUAUUUAUCAAGGCCAUAUUCUCUGGAGUCAGUUUCUGAAGUAGUGAAACUUUUUCUGUUUCUUGCAUCAGAGGAGAUAAUGGUUGGAUUUUUUUCUCUCGGUCGAUGCUUUUUUAUCACACGCACACCAGACGAUGCUGUUGCAUCUUCUCUGUGUUAUGCAGAUAAGGAGACGCUGUGGGUGUAAGGAAUAAACUCAAGUUAUUUAGGAGAGUCUUGAACUGCUUCUGCAGGAGACGAAUGGUUAAAAAAAAGUUCUUCUCUCCAUAAACAGAUAUGUUUUUAGUACAGCAUGUUUGUAUUUUUAGCUCUUCACAGUGAAAUAAAUGGGUAACACCAGUGCCUUUUUUCAGUGAAUGUUUCAGCCUGACAAAGAAACGAGAACAAUCCUGCUGAGACAUUUUUAAUUCUACUCAAAUGUUACAUGUCUGACAGAGGACAAAUACUGUGUCUAGCGGUGUCCCUUUGAUAAUAUUUGUGUGUUUCUUCCAGGAUGAGAAACCUGUUUAGCAUCACGCUUUGAGUUAAUCAUGUUUAUGUUGCAAUUAAAUAGAAAACCCAUUAUGAGUCAAGCGUUCAUUAACGCUUGGCAGCGGAUGAAUGAAGUGUCCUCACUGGGCAGCCGUUGUGUAAUUGCUCAAUUUUGAUUUAUAGGGCAGGAAAUUGAAUAUUAGUGUUACAUAAAUUGCUUUUUAAAGCCCCACAGAUAAUCCUAUUUCUUGUUUUUUUUUUCUGUCAUGUGUCUUGGACUUCAUAGAUUCUGGUAAACUCCAGAUGUUGAACGCAUCAUUUGACCAUUUCUAUCCCCAAAGAAUAAAGUAUAUUUCACUUUCUG